AUGAAUAAUAUCGAGCUAACAGAUAAAUUAAUCAAUCGAAAAAAUGUAUUGAAAUUUAUUAAUUUUGAAUACUUUCGAGAAUUCAUAGUUUUAGUUUAUAAUCAUUUGAAAGAUAAAGAAAAUGAACAACACACAAAUAUCACAUUAAUUGGAUAUAUUAAUCAAAAUAAUAAUGAGAUUGUAAUACCAGAUACAGUCGAUACUCAAUAUCAAUUAAUAAUAAUAAAUUCUUACCCAGUAGAUUUUAAAUCCAUAUGUGUCGAGCUAUUAAACAAAUCACAAUCAUACACAAUCAAUUUUGAAAACAAUCUAUUCAAAAACAACCUUGACUAUUUCAAAAAAUCUCAUAUCAUUAAUAACAAACGAUAUCAUUCAAUAUCAAGAUUUACAAACAGUAAUGCUAUCAAUGAUGUAUAUUUAGUGUGUGGUACAUAUGAUCAUAGAUUGGUAAGAUCAUUUUUCAAUGUAAUUAAUCAAUUGACAAUCGUAAAACUAACAAAAUCAAUUCAAAAGUAUGUUUAUAAAAAGAUAAAUUAUAAAGAUAAUCAGAAAUAUUAUGAAAGAGCUGAGAAUGAAAUCAAAGCAAUGAAAUUACUCAAAGAUAAUCCAAGAUUUGUUCAACUUGUUGACUAUCAUCAUGAUAAAGACAAUCAAAUCUUUCAUAUCAUCACUCAAUAUUGUUAUGGUGGUGAUCUUUCUCAAAAGUAUAAACAUGUAACUGAUAUAAAUCUAAUCUUUGAAGAAUCAUAUAUCAGAAAUUAUAUUUCACAACUUUUCAAUAUUCUUUUGGAUCUUGAUAAACAUGGAAUUGUUCAUUGUGACAUUAAACCAUUAAAUAUAUUUAUUGAUGAAUCUGAUGCUUAUGGUACUUUGAUUCUUGGUGAUUUUGGAUGUUGUGAAUUCAUUGAUCAAUCAACAAUCAUUGAAUAUCAAGAUACAAAAGAGCAUACUCUUGAAACUAAUGAUUUUAAUUUAAAAACUAUCGAUCAUGAAAUAUCGGAGCCAACUUUUUCAAAUAUAAAUGCAACACGUGGAACUAAAGGUUAUAUUUCACCAGUAAUUGGUGUGUUACCUAAAUCACUUGAAUCAUUAUCAUUUGGAUUAGGAUUCAAUCAAAUAUUAUCAGUUGGUGUGUUACCUGAAUCACUUAAAUCAUUGGUGUUUGGAUAUUCCUUCAAUCAAAUAUUAUCAGUUGGUGUGUUACCUAAAUCACUUGAAUCAUUGGUAUUUGGAAAUAGAUUCAGUCAAAUAUUAUCAAUUGGUGUGUUACCUAAAUCACUUGAAUCAUUGGAGUUUGGAAAUAGAUUCAAUCAAAUAUUAUCAGUCGGUGUUUUACCUGAAUCACUGAAAUCAUUGAAGUUUGGAAAUAAAUUCAAUCAAAUAUUAUCAAUUGGUGUGUUACCUGAAUCACUUGAAUCAUUGGUGUUUGGAAAUAGAUUCAAUCAAAAGUUAUCAGUCGGUGUUUUACCUGAAUCACUUAAAUUAUUGGAGUUUGGAAAUAGAUUCAAUCAAAUAUUGUCAGUCGGUGUUUUACCUAAAUCACUUGAAUCAUUGGUGUUUGGAAAUAAAUUCAAUCAAAUAUUAUCAGUUGAUGUGUUACCUGAAUCACUGAAAUCAUUAUCAAUGACGAACUACAUCGAUAGAAAAGAUCUACCACAAAAUAUUGAAAUUCUAUUUAUUCGAGGACAAAGAAUAGAUAUCGACUCAUUCUAA